AUGAUUUUACGAGUCAGUCCUGGCACAGCAGAAGCAGGAGUCCAUCCCCUGAAUCCACCUGCGUCUCUGGGCAAGCACAAGGUCGCUUUUGGUCCGCGUGUGACAGUGAAUACCUUCCGCACCCAUGGAAUCAAGGAUCGUCGUGCUGUCACAUGUCAACGAGUUAGCUGCAAUAGAGUCGAAAAAGAAAGAAUACUCAGUUUGAAUUCUCGUCUUAGAGACAUCGUUGUCUAUGACUUCAGCUACGAAGACCACGAGCUGAAAAUUGGUGGACAUUGGGGAAAUCGUUUCAGCAUAAUUCUGAGAAAUAUUCCGCCUGAUACUCAAAACAUCCUUGACGAUCGUCUCAAAGAUCUUCGAGAGGACGGGUUUAUAAAUUAUUUUGGAACUCAGCGAUUUGGAUCUUGUGGUACUGACACAGCCGUUGUUGGCAGGCAUAUUCUACGCAGAGAUUGGGAGGGAGCUGUUCGCCUUAUUCUUUCGAAUGAAAGCAUGCCCGGAUAUCUUGGAACUGUUGGAAAUGCCGUGCGAUGUUGGGAGGAAACUGGAGAUGCUUCCCAAGCUCUCAAACAGUUGAAGGGUGGUCAAGCUUUUGCGUCAAUAGAAGCGAUAAUCUUUAGAUGCUUAGCCAAAGGAGGUACUUGGCAACAGUGUAUUACGGAAGCAUUACCCAUUAACCUCAGAAGCUUAUAUGUUCAUGCGUAUCAGAGUCUCCUUUGGAACAAGGUGGUAUCUCGUCGUGUAAAUGAAAAGGGGACUGCAGUCACUUCCGACGAUCUUGGUAAAAAUGGCAAGAAACUUUCAAAUGCCGCAUCCAUCUUUGACGUCUAUGUACCACUACCUGGAGAGAACGAAAAUUAUGAGAAAAAUUAUGUGUCUGAGUGGUACGAGGAGAUGCUGAAAGAAGAUAAUUUGACGAACUCUUCGUUCUCAAGUCUUGAAGAUCGCUUUGCUCUGGGAGAAACGGCGAGAGCAAUGUUAAUAUGUCCUAAAGAUGUGAAAUGGAAAUUUAUUAAGUACUCUGAACCAAGGGCGCAUCUACAGGCUGGCAUCAGCACUCGUGCCAUUGACGAAAGCGAAAUGAUGGGAGACCUUAUGGCAAUGCAAGUUCAGUUUAGUCUUCCAUCCGGAUGUUAUGCAACAGCUGCAUUGCGGCAAAUCACGGGAACUGAUAUGGGAAAGCGGUCCAUGAAGAUCCAUGCGGAAUCGGCCAAAAAUGGUAGCAGUUGCGCAAAAGAAGAUAUAGAAGAUGUCGGUGACGAUCUCAGAUGCUCACUAUUCGCCAAUGUUGAAUUGCCAGAGGAAUCACUUUCCUCUGAAGAACAAAGUGAUUUAAAUAGUAAAGUUCCAAAGAAAGAAAGAUGA